AUGCAACAAAGCAAGCAAAAAAAAAAAAAAGAAACGUCGAAGUUCUCAAAGGUGCUAACCAAGACGGAUAUUCGAAAGAGGCUCUCACUGCCUCUUAAGUUUUUCAAGCCUCUCCCAUCUCUUAAAGGUAGCCAUGUCCGAGAUUUUCCGGCAAUAGAUGAGAGUGGCUUCGUCUGGACCUUUCAAUGCUCUACUCGCAAGAAAGGACACCCAAAGCCAGUUCUCUCAAAGGACUGGCUUGCAUUCGUUCGCCACAAGGAGCUUAAAGUUGGUGACAGGGUCAAGUUUUUCAAGGAGAAAGACCAAAGUGGUACUGCAACACCUUUCUUCAGGGUUGAAGCUGAAAAGGAAAUCAAGAUAUUUGGGGUAAUCUUUGGGUAUUCACCCAUUUUAGCCCCAUUUCCAUGA